UCGCCCUUCCCGUCGGGCCCCGUUCGCGAUGGGCGACGACGACGGCGGCGACCACAUGAAGGACGCCGGGCUCGGCCUCCCCCCCGGCGUGAAGACGCGCGUCUUCCCGUCGCUCGAGCUCGAGAACGGCGCGGUCCUGCGCGACGUCGUCUGCGCGUACUCGACGUACGGCGAGCUGAGCGCGACGCGCGACAACGUCGUCGUCGUCGGGCACUCGCUGACGUCGAACAGUUGCGUGCACGAGUGGUGGGGCGAGAUGCUCGGCGACGGCGCCCAUUUCGCGAUGAACACGCGCGAAGACUUCGUCGUGUGCGUCAACUACCUCGGAUCCCCGUACGGCACCGCCUCCCCGAUCACGAUGAAUCCCGCCACCCCGGGCCGUCCCUACGGCGCCGACUUCCCGACGCCUUGCACGAUCCGCGACAACGUGCGGCUGCAGAAGAUGCUCUUGGACGCGAUGGGCGUCGCCGGGGUCAAGCUCGCGAUCGGCGGGAGCAUGGGAUGCAUGCUCGCGCUCGAGUGGGGCGCGUCGUACCCGUCGUUCGUGAGCGAGCUGUGUCUCAUCGCCGGGUGCGGGCGGCACUCCGACUGGGCGACCGGGAUCGGCGAGUGCGAGCGGUUCGCGAUCAUGGCGGACGGGCGGUGGAACGGCGGGGAGUACGACGCGAGGGAUCCGCCGCUUGGUGGGCUCGCCGCGGCGCGGAUGACCGCGAUGCUGACGUACCGGUCGCCCGCGGGCGCGGAUGAAAAGUUUGGCCGACGCGACGCGAGCGGAACCGACGCCAAGGGCACGCGCGACGCGACGAAAAACCAAGCGACGAAGCCGCCCGCGCAUCCCGAGCUGGGGGUCGCGUCGCACUCGAACGAGAACGCGACGACCGCAAAAUCGCUGCCGUUCACCGCGGUGGAGUCGUACCUGCAGUAUCAGGGCCGGAAGUUCACGCGGAGGUUCGACGCCAACUGUUACGUCCAGCUGACGUAUACGCUGGAUUCGCACGACGUGUCGCGCGGGCGGGAGGGGUCGUACGAGGACGUCAUGCGGGGGAUCACGCAGCAGUCGAUGGUCGUCGGGAUCACGAGCGACGUGUUGUAUCCGUUUCAUCUCCAGCGAGAGAUGGUACGGACGCUGCCGAACUCGAGGAUGUUCGCCAUCGAUUCCGUCCACGGGCACGACGGGUUUCUGCUGGAGAUCGACGGCUUAAACAAAGCCGUGCGCGCGUUCAGGGACGAAGGGGCGACGACGACGACGACGACGACGGGAGAAAAUCUUCGCGGGAACGCCUUCGCGGACGACGCGAACCCGGACUACGAUCGCGACCCGCUGCCGCCGGCGCCUUCGUACGGCGCCGUGAACGACGGGUUCGUGGCGGCGCUGCGGAGCGUCUGCGUCGAAUUCGAUCGCGACGGAUUCAAUCGCGUGCUGACGUCCGCCGCGGAGAAGAAACCGUACGCCGGGGACAUGGGGCAUCACCCGCGCGCGACGCCGGACGUCGUCGUGCUACCCAGCAGCACCGCGGAGACGGCGAAGAUCGUGCGGCUGUGUUACGAGCGGCGCGUGCCCGUCGUCACGCGAGGCGCCGGGACGGGAUUGGAGGGCGGGUGCGUGCCGUACGACGGCGGGCUCGUGUUGGACACGAGCCUUCUGAAGGCGCGUUCCGUUACAGUAUCGCACUGCCUUCUGAAGACGACGCGAAUGGUUCCCGGGGAGCAGCUCGCGGUCGUCGGCGCGGGCGUCCUGAAGAACGAGCUCGACGCGUUCUUGAAGCCGCACGGGCUGCUUUUCGGGCCGGACCCGAGCUCGAACCCGAGCAUCGGCGGGAUGGCGUCCACCGGAGGGAGCGGGAUGAGCACGCUCAAGUACGGCACGUCCAAGGAAAACGUCCGGUCGAUGACGGUGGUCACCCCGAGCGGCCGAGUGAUUCAAACGCGACGCGCGGUUCGCAAGAGCAGCACCGGGUACGAGCUCAACGCGCUGUAUUUAGGCGCGGAAGGGACGCUGGGUGUGAUCACCGAGCUCACGGUGCGACUGUUUCCGCGCCCGACGGUGCGGUGCGGCGCGGUGGCGACGUUUCCAGACGUGGCGAGCGCGGCGAAAACCGUCGUGGACGCCGUCGGCGCCAACUUGCAGACGUUGCUUCGGUGCGAGCUCAUGAACGACGAGGGGAUCGAGUGCACGAACGUGGUGUUCAAGACGACGCUCGCGAGAGCGCCGACGCUCUUUUUGGAGUUUGUCGGGAACGACAGGGAGGCGGCGGAGAAGGACUGGCGCGCGAUGGCUGAGAUGGCGAAAAAAAAUCACGCGACGAAACUCGACUUCGCCGCCGACGGCGAGGCGCUGGACGAGCUCUGGGACGCGCGGCGCGGGUGCUACCUCGGCGCGAUGCGAUACCGGGGCAUAAAGGAAGGAAAUCCCAAGAAGAAAGAGCACGUCUACGUCGGCGACGUGUGCGUCCCCACGUCCAAACUCGCCGCGUGCGUGUCCGAGACGGAGGCGGAUUUCAAAGCCGCCGGCUUUCCGUGCGUCAUGUGCGCGCACAUCAGCGACGGGAACUUCCACUGCUUGAUCCCGUACGCGCCGGAGGAGGAGGCGAAGCUGAUGAAAUUGAACGAUAAGGUGAUCGCGCGCGCGAUCGCGUACGGCGGCGCCGCGAGCGGCGAGCACGGCGUCGGGAUCGGGAAGAUGAAGCACGUGCUGUGGGAGCACGGGCCGUUUCACGUGGACGCGCAGCGGCGGAUCAAGCGCGCGUUGGACCCGAGGAUGAUCAUGAACCCGGGGAAGAUAUUCGCGGCGGAGCCCACGGAGGAGGAGAGGGCGGCCCGGCGACGGCACAUGGUGGGGGGUGGGACCGGGAGUAAGUUAUGA